UGAGUAGUAACGUAUACACAUAUAUAUAGUAAUAUACUAAAGUUGUUCAAAGAAAAUUGCUUCGUGAUAUUGUUAACGAUGUGGAGGACAAUCAUUGUAGCAGCAUCUGUGCUUGUUGUCGCCUCAUCGACGCAAACAAACGGGAAAUCUGCAAAAUCAACAGCAAGACCAUUUACGACAGCUGAAACAAGUAACAAGACUAAUAAAUGCGUGAAUGACCUUGUAAAGAAAUGGAUAAAUACUACGCUGGAUAACGUCAUGCAAUGCACAAAUGAAGAACAAUUUGAGAAUGGAAAUUACACAAUACAUAUAUGUAUAACAGGCACAAAUACCACAAACAUCUCUACGACAACAGGUGAAUGUGGUUGUAACCUAUCCGGAAUAUUUCGAUACAAUUUCACUAACUUGAACAUCAGUGCCAGCGACAAAUGUCAGAAUAUUUCGUCGCAGAAAUUCUUUAAUUAUACAAGUCGAAAUUGUGAAAAAACGGAAACCGCAAGUACCACUGUCAUCCCCGUGACAGAACCGACAACAACAACAACCGAAAGCAUCUCACCAACACAAUCAACGACCACAACUAAGACGACCACAACUAAGACAGCUGAAACACAAAAACCUGUGAAAGAAGUUAUGACAAAUAUAGAACAAAACAGCGCACAGCAGAAUCAAAGUAAUUUGACGGACGAGAAUAACUUGAUAUUUGUGGUUAAUAAUGUAACGGGACCGGCUGUUGGCUCUGAAGAGAAACCUGCGUAUAAAUCACCGAAAGGUGCAACUGUCGUUAAAAGUUUAACUUUUGGCAAAGACAUUGCUAAUGCGAAGGUCGUUAUAACUGAAAAAACUUUGGAAAAAAACACCGACUUGUCUGGACUUUCUCAAACCAUGGUUGACAACGAUUCAGGAGGAGUAAGAAAGACCAAACGAGUGGUUUUUGGGAAUAAGGUGUUGUUAAUCGCAGCUUUCGAGGGGAGUGACAACAAGAAAUUGCAAGUUCAGGUAGUGAAAUUUACAGUAGAUACCUCGGCAGGAGAUUAUAAUGAAAUUCGAAAAAACGUUGACGACGAAGGCUCAACAAAUACGAUUGGACGAUCAAUACUCACAUCUCUAAGGGGUGUCUGUGCGUUUUACGACGAAGAAACAGAAGCAAUGUCUGAAGAGGGUUGUCAGACAGUUGGAGAUGUAUCUGGAAAAGGAGUGUCAUGUCGUUGUGACCAUACCACUGUGUUUGCAGUUCUCAUGUCUGCAAACGUAGUGGUAGUUCCAUCAGGAGUAAAGAUCGUGUCAUAUAUUACCGAAAUUGCUUCCAUCAUAUUCUUGAUAAUCACUGCCAUCCUGCUAAUGAAAGUACGCAAUCAUGUGAGAGGAGACAGGGUCAAAGUUCAAAUAUGCGUGACGUUUUCUUUACUGGUGUUACACAUUCUCAAUGUUUUCCACGACCUUGCUUUGCUCAAUGAUACGGCUUGUGAAAUGGUGACUGUAUUGAUGCAUUACUUUUUCUUGUGCUCAGCGAUGUGGAUGCUGAUGGAAGGAAUCACUCUAUUGUUUAAGACCAUGGACAGUGUAAUGCGUUUACUCAGUGGGAAAAAUGCGAAAAAGUUUGCGAUCUCUCGUUAUGUGAUCAGCUUUUCAGUUCCGUUUGUGAUCGUUAUUAUUUCUCUGGCUUACGGUUUCGCUAACGGUGUAUACAUGCCUUUGAACGAACUGUGGAAAAAAGAUGGACAAGGCCCAAAAUAUAAGCAUUGCUGGCUGUCCGACGAGGAAAAUAUUCUACUUGGAGCAGCUGUCAUUCCUAUUGCUGUAAUUCUCUUGUGCUGCGUAUUGAUCGUGAUCAGAAUGUUUUACAUUGUCUACAAAAUGAGUGUUGAGAGUGAAAAUUACAAACCAACCAACCUGCAAAGGCACAGCAGCGAAUCUGACGUAGUGGAUUUGGAACAUGUUAAAGCAGCUCUAAAGGCAAUUGUCGUCCUAUUGCCUGUACUAGGCAUUCCAUGGCUUCUUGGCUUUUUCACAGGCAUCGAGAGCGACGAAACCGGCAUUGUUUUCAUGUAUCUGAACGCAAUCAUCAACGGUCUACAGGGCGUUUUCCUCUUCGUUGUUUACUGCAUUAUCGGAAAGGAAGUCAGGAAAUCUAUUAUGAACGUGCAAAAGAAAUACUCUGUCUCCUUAGAGUUUUCAUCCAAGAGAAGGAUGACCAGUGAUGCCUCAGCUAUAAGCACAGCUCAAGGCACCAUGUCGACAAACGUAGGGGAAAAUUUGUAUUCAGAAGCGCCAUUCAAUAUUCCUAACGGGAAUGCAAAGGAAGAUAUAUGAAGCCGGAAAAUGUCUUAUUAUCCUUGGAUUAAUUUGCCCCUAUCCUUACCAAAACGAGAUAUACAGUUGUCACAUGGCUGAAAGUUUAUCUAUUUUGUUGUUUGAAAACUUGAAAGAAUGCAUAUUAGUGUACAUUGCAAUAUGCAUCAAGAAAUAAAUAAAUACAUAAGGCUGUAAUAGAUAAAAAAAAAUCGUUUUUCUUGCAAUAUAUUUAUAUAUAUAAACACACCAUUUCUAAUACUCCUUAUUUAUUUUAAAAUAUUUUUCAUUUUUUCUGAUUCUCUUAAAAGAAUUUGACCUUCUUCCUCGAAAGGUUAAAGAUUUCAUUUCUCCACAUCUCUAUACCAAAAGAUUUAGGUGUAAGAAGAGAGGGCUGUAGGCUUUCAACAUAUGAGAUUAAUGUGGUAAUAUGUUUUACAAUCGUUCCCGGAAAAAUGCAGUUAUUCUCAAAAUGUACUAUUAACAUACUAGAUCCUCCCUGACCAACGUUUCGCCGUGGCACAAAUAUUCAGAAUGUCUUCACUCUAAAGCUACUGUAACAAUAAAUACAGGUAACGAUUCUUUCUACAAUAUACAGAUGUUCAACUACGAGGUUAGAAACAGAAAUAAAUAUCUAGAUACUAAUGUUUCAAAAACAUAAUCUAAAGUGUUGAAAUAGUUUUUGCUGUUAUGAACUUCUCCAUUUUUAUUUUCUUCGUGGUAUUUGUGAACUCGCGUCAAAGCACGUUUAUCACGACCACAAACAGGGGGAAACAUGUUUUGUAUUUGUUAUUAUUUUUUAUAUAUAUUUGAAAGGAAACUGACUCUUUUUAACCUAUAUUUUCAACAUGUCAUGUAAAAUGGCAAUUUAUAUUUAAUCCCGGUAGAACGAACUCGAGUUAAACCAGGAAAUUCUGUUUGGUAAAUGAGUCGCUACUCAAUAAUGAUGGGAGCUUAUUAUUAUACUGUAUAUAUGAAUAAAUAAUAUGCAUUUCAAAUUUAAAUGAGAAUAAUGCAAAUGGCUAUAGGUAAAUAAAAUGUAAUUUGGUCAUUGUGCUUUAAUACUUGGCGGAACAAACUGUCGGUAUAUCACCUAAUAUGAAUAUUCUGCAAUACCAUACUUUUUCAGCAGUUCCAUUCAUUUGAGUUUUCUUGUUGUAAUACUGUUUUUAAAAUGAUUCAGGCACUUAAGAAACGAUGUAUUUUUUAAAUAUUAUUAUGUAGUCUAAAUAUUGUCCUUUUAAUAAAAAAAAAUAGCAACUAAUAUCGACUAUAAAAAAAAAACAUAAAAACAAAAGUAUUUAACCACAGUAACAAUUUUUUAUUACUUUUAUGAAAUAUGCAUCCACUUAUUAAUCCACUUUGAAAGUAGACUUACUUGGAUUCUGCUAUGAUAAGGUUACUAAAUAAAUCCACUGUUUACAGAGAAUAAUGGAACAUUUACUGUAACGAAUAGUUAAAUUUCUUUACUAUUUCUUUCCAGUUUCAAUAUAUGUUUCUCCGAACUUUGAUCCUAGUAAAAUUUUUCUUAUACUUUACAAUUGCGAAAUAAUUUAUGCUCAUACUGCGACCAUUGUAUCUACUUGAAUACUUCAUUAAAUUUCAUACGGCCAGCGCAACAUUAGGGCGUUCAUUUGCACUUUAUGGCGAGCGUUAUAUCAAUUUAAUAUUCUAAUGAAUUAAAAGAAAUUAUAACAAUCUGCUGCCUUUUUUAAAUAUUUUUCAAUGAAACUAUAGCAAAAUGUUUCCCCUCUUUUUCUCGUCGUAUUAAGAGAAUAAACUUUGAUGUAAACAUAAUUUUAUUAUGCUUCUUUCUGUAAUCUUAUUUGAGAAUUGAAGUCAAAGCACUUCACUUUGCAGAUCUGACUCCUUAAUUUUGACUGUUUGUUUGUUGAAAAUGUAGAUUUACAUAAUUUUUCACUGAUAUUGCAAUAGAAGUUGUAUGUAAAAAACA